AUGGUUAAGCCAGCCUCUAUUCCUAAGAAUUAUUUAUGUCCCAUAACUCAAGAAAUCAUGGAAGACCCUGUUGUUGCUGCUGAUGGAUUCACAUAUGAGCGCAAAGCCAUAAUGCUUUGACUUGAGCGCAACGAUAUUUCUUGAGCGACUGAGAAAAAAUUGAAACAUAAAGACCUUGUCACAAAUGACCGCCUUGCCUCUGAAAUUUCUAAAUUUAAUGAAAAAAAUCCAUCUCCAGACUCUUUAGAAGAUAAAGCAGUUACUAGUAUAGUACAGUGCCUUGAAAACAAAAGACUCCUUAUUGCUCAGCUGCGGAUUAGUAUUGUAAAACUAACUGCUGUCCAAGAAGAUCUCAGCGAACACUUGCUUAACUGUAAAAUUUCCAAUACAGCUGGAAAUAGUGCAAGUAUUGCAGGGACUGGUAUACUUUUUACCCCUUUGGCUCUAAUAGGGAUCGUAACUAUUAUUGCGGGCAGUUUAACUUCUAUCGGAACAAAUGUAACCCAAUUUUUCAUAGAGAAAAGCCUGCAGAAAAGAAUGAAAAAAAUUAUAAAGGAAGAAGAAAAAGCUAAAUUCCGCUAUGAAGUUUCUCAAAUGAAAUCCCAAUAUUUCAUUGGUCUGAUGAAUUUUGGAACAAAUUGCUACCAAGUUGGCUCAAGAAUAUGGAAAAUCAUGAAGUACGCUCAGCUUUUUGAAGGCUUAAAAGCUACAAAUAUGACUACUAAAAGCGUAUUGGGCAUUGGGGGCUGGUCAUCAGCAGCAGCAGCUUGCAAAGGGACGAAGUUUGCAUUAUCCUCAGCCUUUGGGGCUGGACUAUCUGCAGUUGAUAUUAUAAUCACAUGGACAUUUAAAAAUUCAACAUUGGAACAAUUUAAAAUACAAAUAGAUAAUAGAGAAAAACACAUUGAAUUGUAUACGAAAGAACUUGAAGAUUGGGAAAAAUCGUUGCCAAAUGAAUGGAAAAUUUAA